AUGUCCAUCGACGUUGAUGAAGCCAUUAAACUCAUCAGGGACAUGGCGACCAUGAUAGAUCCUGAUGAGGACUAUCUUUCAAUUGCAGAGACGAAAGACAGGAUUGCUACCUCUAAAGCCGAUAGAAAGAAAACGGUAGACGAUGCCCAUGCCGAUUUUAAAGCCCUUGCUAAAACUCUCGACGCUGCACGAACAUCAUCUACACGACCAUCCUCCGUACUCUCUGCUGAAGCCCAUGCAUCUGCCUUGAAUGAGCUGGAUGUAUCGGGCCUAACGUUGGGGAAAGCUAUUAGCGGCAUGGAGGGUCUUGUUGCUAGCAAAGAGGCAGAACUCUCUUCUCUCAAGGAGAGAGCGAGACAGCUUGAAGAUUGUGACCCUGCCGCUGAGCAUGAACGAGAGUUGGAUAGCACUGCUCUACGACUGAGAAUCUUCAAAGGUCUUGGAUUUGAGCCCAUUCAUGACAAUAAGGGAAAUCUGACCAAGAUGCUAGUCGGCUCAUUGACAGGUGAUAUCCAAUGCGUUCAGUUCGAUGGGAGGCACACAGAGGUCGAAUAUACCGAACAACUAUGGACAGCGGCCAUAUCUUAAUCUGAAUAAACUUAGGACAACUUGUGAUCGUUCAGUGCAUGCGACCCCAUAAUGUGUAUAAUAGUCCAUUUAGUUUAUUAGAAACAAGACAAAACAGUAUCAUAAAAGAGAAC